AUGCACCCAUACAAUUCUAGAGAACCACCUCUCAUUAACAACUCAUUCCCAGCUAUCACCGUACCCCUUGUAGAGCGAGCCCACCACAGCAGCUCCAGUCCUCCCAAGCCAGCCACACCCCUCUACGUCAACCCGCCCAACACAUCUCUCAUCGCCAACGGUACUGCCCUGCGUAUCAUGCCCCUAGGCGCAAGCAUCACCUACGGUUACCUCUCAACCGACGGGAACGGCUACCGUGAGGACCUCCUGGGCCUCCUUCGCCGCGGCGGCAACGACAACAUCACUUACGUCGGCAGCCGGAACAACGGCACCAUGAUCAAGAACGCCGUCGAGGGCUGGCCAGGCUACCGGAUCGACCAGGUCAUGCCCAAGGCGGCGGCCUCGGUGCCAAAGUACCUGCCCAACGUCGUCCUGCUCAACGUCGGCACCAACGACUGCGUGCAGAACUGGAACAUCGACAACACCACCAAGCAAUCCAGGUUGGAGCCUUCCCUAACCGCCAACGCCACCAUCGACGUCGGCGACAGGCUGCAGGCGCUCGUCGAGGACGUCUUGGAAUGGUCGCCCGGCGCCACCGUUGUCAUGAGCACCCUCAUCGUCAACAAGGUCAAGUCCACCAACAAGCGCGUCGGCGACGCCAACACGCAGUUUCGCGACGUGGCGUCGUCGCUGCGGGCGGCCGGGCGGCGGGUCGUGCUGGCUGAUAUGAGCACCUCGGCUGGGGGGCCGAAUAUUACUACCAUGGCGGACGUCACGCACCCGAAUGAUGUUGGCUAUGCGCUCAUGGCGAACAGGUGGUAUGUUGCGCUGCAGCAGGCCAGCGAAGAGGGUUUGAUUGUGGCACCGAGCGAGGUGGAUGCUUGA